CUCACUGCUCAGACGUCUGGUGAGGACCCCGUGCCGGUUCAGCCAUGGGCAGGACGCUGUGGGCUGCCCUGCUCACCGAGGUGUUGGUGGCUUGGGUGAGAGGGGCUGAGCAGGCCCAGGAGCAGUACUCCUCUGCAGGGUUUCUGGAGUGUAAGAAGGCCCUGAAGCUCACAAGUCUAGAAGUCCUGCCGGGAGGGGGCUGGGAUAACCUCAGGAAUUUGGAUAUGGGCAGAGUCAUCAACUUGAGCUACUUGCUGUGCAAGACCACAGAAGACGGAUCUUAUAUCAUCCCAGAUGAGAUCUUCACUAUCCCUCGCAAGCAGAGCAACCUGGACAUCAAUUCCGAGAUCAUUGAGUCCUGGAAAAAUUAUCAAAGCAUCACCUCUGCCUCCAUCAACCUGGAGCUGUCCCUUUUCUCUUCCAUCAAUGGCAAGUUCUCCUAUGACUUCCACCGGACCAAGACCCACCAAGUGAAAGACUAUGCUGUAACCACCCGAGUGCAAGUCAGGAACCUGGUUUACACUGCCAAAAUCAACCCAGGGGCUGCCCUGGACAAAGGCUUCAAGAAGCAGCUGAUGAUGAUUGCCAGCCACCUAGAGAACAACCAGACACGGAUGGCUGAUUUUCUGGCUGAAGUGCUGGUGCUAAACUAUGGCACCCACACCAUCACCUCUGUGGAUGCUGGAGCCAGCUUGGUGCAGGAGGAUCAGAUCAAGGCAACCUUCCUGAAGGACAGCUGGGCCACACGGAGUGCUGUCACUGCCUCAGCUGGCAUGGCCUUCCGCAGCAUCAUCGAUAUGAAAACUGACGAGACCCUGGACAUCAGCUCUGGGUUCACCAAGCAGUAUCUGGAGAACCGCACCAACUCCAGGGUAGAGAGCAUUGGCGGGACACCCUUUUACCCAGGCAUCACCCUCAAGACUUGGCAGGAGAGGAUCAGAGACCAACUGGUGGCUCUUGACCGCUCAGGGCUGCCCCUGUACUUCUUCAUCAACCCCACCACCCUGCCAGAGCUGCCCACCCCUACAGUGAAGAAGCUGGCCAGGCGAGUGGAGAUGGCUAUCCGCCGCUACUACACCUUCAACACCUACCCAGGCUGCACCGAUGCCACCUCGCCCAACUUCAACUUCCAUGCCAAUGCCGAUGAUGGCUCCUGCAAAGGGACCAUGAACAACUUCACCUUUGGGGGAGUCUUCCAGGAGUGUGCUGGGCUGGCAGGCCCUGACACCAGCAUGCUGUGCCGGGAGCUGGAGCAGAGGAACCCCCUCACCGGGGCUUUCUCCUGCCCCACCACCUACACGCCAGUGCUGCUGGGUGUGCAGGAGCGGGAGGAAGGUCACAGCCAUCUGGAGUGCCAUGAGAAGUGCACCCUGGGCAUCUUCUGCCACCGUGAGUGCCGGGAUGUUUUCUGGCUCUCCCGGGUGCAAUUCAGUGCCUACUGGUGUGCUACACGUGGCCCAGUAGCCCCAAACUCAGGAUAUCUCUUUGGAGGGCUGUUCAGUGCCCACAGUGCCAACUCCAUCACUGGUGCCCAGUCCUGCCCCUCAGGGUACUUCCCUCUGAAGCUCUUUGAUGAGCUCAGGGUGUGCGUGAGCCAAGACUAUGAGGAGGGCAGGCAGUACGCAGUGCCCUUUGGGGGCUUCUUCAGCUGCCAGGCAGGGAACCCCUUGGCAGGACAGCACCAGGGCACUGCUGAGGACCCCCACACCAAGAGCUGCCCCCCAGGCUUCAGCCAGCACUUGGCACUCAUCAGCGAUAGCUGCCAGGUGCAGUUCUGCGUCCAGGCUGGCAUCUUCACAGGGGGCUCACUGCCACCCGCCCGCCUGCCACCCUUCACCCGGCCCCCCACCAACCUGCCGGCCAUCGACACUGUGCUGGUGAGCAGCGGGGACGGGGACAACACCUGGGUCAGGGAUGGGCAGGACCGCAUGUGGCGGCUGGCCGGGCCAGAAGAGGUACAGCACACAAUGGAGAUGGUGAGGGGCCGGGGGCUGAUGGGGGGCGAGGUGGCUGGCAUCACUGCAGCAGUCCUGGUGGGACUGGCCACCAUCCUGGCGACUGUCUCCUACAGCUGCUGGAAGUACAAGGCAAGGGGGUACCGCGCGAUGGGUGAAGGGGACAGCCUGGUCGUUGUGAGCCCCCAGGACAGCACUGUGCUGAAUGUGGGCGAGGGGUACCAGCAAGAGCCAGAGGGGCUGAUGGCUUAACAUGCCCCCACUCACCCACAAAUGCCUUGUGCCCCAAACCCCAGCAAAACCCCCCUGCCCACCCCCUUUUUCAGGGGCAAAGUUGUGCGGUGCCACCAGCCCCGUGCCCCUAGAGCCAACGGUCCCUGUCCCCAUGGAGGCCUCACUCUUACCACUCCAUGGGUGACACCAGGUCCCCAAGCUCUAGCCUUGCACACCUGAGAGGCUCCAUGGCUUUCAGACAUCCCUCCCUGCUAACCUUGGAGGCCUGCUACCAGUGUCUACCCCUCAUCAAGACCCAUCAGCCUCUGCCAGCCUGCACUUCCAUGAGUGCAACUCCUCCCUCCAACCAGUCCCAAGGCUCUGUCCCUUCAGAGUUAAUCAGGUUUUCCCUCCAUGACAAACCAUGCUCCAGCUGCGUGCUGCCCCCACUCCUACCCCCGAAAAAGGAAAAGGGGACCGAGGUGCCCUUCAACAUGCUCAAGGAGAAAGCAAUACCAUGCAUAGCUAUCUUCUCCCCCACAGCUGGUCCCAAAAAGCCAGGGGAAGCUCUGCGAACCCCCUGCCUUCCCCUGACACAACAACACCAGCAGGACUUCAGCAUGUCGACGGCGGAGACUUGCUGCUUGUAAAAGCAGUGGGUCAGGAUGCCCUGAGCAGACACGCGAGGAGUCAGCCACCAACUGCUGCAGCCAAACAGCAACCCCUGUCUCCAGGUAUAUCUAUCGGGAUAGAUAUACUGACGCAUGCAGAGAGGCACGGA